UCAAUUGUGUUUUGCCUGCAUCAAUUAUGGAGCUUACUCUGCCCGUUGUCCUGCUGCUGCUGCUGCUCGGCUGUGCGUCGGUGUCCGUCCAGGGACACGCCUCCGAAUUACCCUCGGGUAUCCAAAGAUGUGAGAUCCAGGACCAGAAUUGUGUAAAGAACGGUGUCAACCAUGUGCUGAGGAACUUUGCAAAGACCGGCAUUAAAGAACUUGCGCUGAUCCCCCUAGAUCCACUGCACGUCACCACAUUCAAAAUCGCACGUAAUCCCAACAGCCCGGUUAACAUUGAUCUGAGCUUCCACGAAGUGGACAUACUGGGCCUCCAUCUGGGAAAUGCCAAGCAAGUGAGUGGCUUCACGCCUGAUCUCAGCCGUAAAGUGGAGCUGAUCAUGGAUGUGCCCGAAAUAAUCGUUAAAGGACCCUACGCCGUUGAUGGCCGAGUACUAAUCCUGCCCAUUGUGGGCAAGGGCAAGGCCGUAAUCCGACUGAAGGACUGCAAGAUUCGAGCUCAGAUCAAAUUCAAGGCCGUGCACAAGGGCGAGCACCAGACCUUUGCCGAGGUCGAAAGCGCCAGUGUGGAUAUCGAUCCCUCUCAUGUGACCUACCACCUGGAAGGACUCUUCAACGGCCAGAAGGAGCUGAGCGACAACAUGCAUGUCCUUAUCAACGAGAACUGGCACGAGAUCUUCAACGAACUGAAGCCUAGCAUUGGAGAGGCCUUCGGGCUGAUCACUAAGUCUGUUCUGGGCAGGAUAUUUGGCAAACUGCCGCUCGAGCAUCUGUUUGUGCUAUAAACCAU